UUCAAUUCAAUGCAAUGCAAUGCAAUCCUGGACCAAGUGAUAAAUACCAUUUGUUUUCCGCCUCCAGGACACCAUCUAUCCUGCAUAAAAAAGAAUAGUUUCAUUCAUUCACCAUGACGAGCUUAUCCAAACCGAUCGUCUUCUAUGACAUCGCCAUGCGUCCCCCGCGGGAGAAAAGCUGCUGCUCGCCAAACCCCUGGAAAUCCCGACUAGCACUCAAUUUCAAAGGUCUCUCCUACUCGACCACCUGGGUGCCGUUGCCCGACAUUGAAAAGGUCCGCCGCAAUCUCAACGUCCCGGCCUGUCGCAAAUUUGCCGAUGGCACCGACUUCUUUACCCUGCCGAUCAUCGAAGACCCCGCGACGAAUGCGUCGGUCGGCGACUCCUUCGAUAUUGCCGUCUACCUCCAGAACACGUAUCCGAACUCGGGCGCCGGCGAUCUCUUCCCGCCGCAGACGCUCGACUACGACUUCAAGCAUCCGAUGAUCCUGAUCCCGCUCUCGGAGUGUCGCGACAGUCAAUUUCCCGAAUACGCCAAGUUCAAUAUGAACGUCGACGCCGCCUUUACCGCACACACCCAGCUGGCGGUGCAUGGCUUCCCGUUCGAUCCCGCGACGGUCGAAGCUACUCGGGCGGAAUUCGUCCGGCGCGCGGGGGUGACAUGCUGGGAGGAUUUUGCGUUGGUGGGCGAGGCGCGAGAGAAGGUGAUGGAGUCGUUCCGAGAUACGCUGGGUGGUCUGGCCAAGCUCUUCUUGAGGGACACAAGUGGGCCCUUUCUCCUCGGCACGAGGGCGAGUUAUGCAGACUUCACCGUCGGUGCGUGGCUACGCAUGAUGCACGCAACCCUACCGGAAAGUGAAUGGAAGGAGGUGAGCAGUUGGCAUGACGGAAUUUUUGGGCGGUUGCAUGAUGCGUUGGAGGUCUAUGCCGAGGUGAAAUAGGGUUGAAAAGGAUCCCUAAUGAUUGGAAUGGUUUUAUGAUCAGCGAAUAAAGGUAAAAGGUUACGAUAUUCAUUUGGGUUACGUUUCGAAGGGGGGGAUAUAGCGAUCAUAGAGGGCAGUAGUAUGGAUUUGCGUCGGGUGGAAAGAAAUACCAACAACACCGUGGCAACCCUGAGGGAAAGGGCCACCACGUCAUAGCUAAUAUAACAACUAUUCUUAAUUUCAA